AAGGUGGGAAUGGAAGAAGAAGAAGAAGAAGCGUACGGUGACCAAAGCGCGAAGCUUUUCUCCAUCAUCUCUCUCUCUGGUGCUCUUCAACAAUUUCAUGUCCAUCUUGCCUCCUGAAGCCCAAGGAUCCGAUUCGUCAUCUUCUUCAUUUGCUCAUUCCCUAAACCCUAAUUCCCACCAUGGACAAAGCUUCUUCCCUUCUCUUUCCCAAUCUCACGAUUUCCAAACCCCGUGUCCCCGAUCUCCCACCGCCAUGUCCCCGUCCUCCACCAAUUCAGGCACGUUGGUUUCACGUUCAGGAAAUUCUGGGGGGAUUUCCCAAGAGGUGACUGAGUUGGGGACACCAAGUACUGGUAAGACAUCACCUGACCAUAAUACCAACACAUAUUGUCAGAGCUCCUCUGGUGGACGAGGGGGUGGAUCGACCCACGCUAGAGGGAAAUCCCCUGGAAGCAGAGUUUCCCAUCGAAACCAACAAAGUAGCGGAUCUGCAAAUUCUCAUGGAAGCUCCACGCCCUCUGGGGGAAGAAGGUCCCAGUUGAUGAGUGGCAACCACUUGUUAAAUUUCCAUUAUGACCCCAUUUCUCGUCCUCAGCCAAGGGCCCCUCCUCCAAGAAGACAACAGAAGUUAAAGCCUUACAACAAGGAUCUAUUUCUUCAGGCAAACUACAAAUUUGUGGUGUUAGAUACGGGAAACUAUACGCCUGAAUCAAUGGAUCCGGACAAAAUGUUACGGUGGGAGGACAUUAUAUGCGUGAGAUACUCUACCCCAUCUGAAGUACAAUGUCCAAUUUGUCUAGAGGCUCCUCUCUGUCCUCAAAUAACAUCGUGUGGGCAUAUAUUUUGUUUCCCUUGCAUCCUACGAUACUUGUUAAUGGGGAAGGAGGAUGAAAAAGGUGACUGCUGGAAAAGAUGCCCUCUAUGCUUUGUGAUGAUAUCACCUAAGGAUUUGUAUACCAUCUCCAUUGAGAAUGUUAAGCAGUACAAUGUUGGUGAUACAUUGGAAUUUUCUCUUUUAACUCGACAAAAGGAUUCAUAUACGCUGUCUCAGAAAAACAGACGGGAGAAAGGUAUCAGCUUAGAGGCGGACUGUCCUGCAGAAAGCUAUGACCCAUUUGCAAAGUUUACAUUUACGUCCGAUGUGGAUCUCUCAGUGAGAAAAGCGAUAGCUGAUCUAGAUAGUUGGUUAGUAAAGGCUGAUGCUGGGCUUGUUGAUGACCUAGAGAAGCUUCCGUAUGUAUGUGCUGCAAUGGAGCACUUAGAACAAAGAAAGAAGUAUUGGAAUGAGCACCAGGCUUGUGAUAGUGUUAAUUCUUCUAAAUAUCUUGAUUGCAAUACUGGUUCUUACGUUAUACAACCAAAGACUACUAAUAAUAACCGUGAACGUGAGGUAUCGAAUUCCAGGGUUCAAACUUUGUCUCGUGUACUCGAUGAUGAAAAUAAAUGUUUGGGCAACUUGGGGAGUGAUAACGUAGCUGCGGGGGCUUGCUCUGAUCAAUCUGUAGAUGUUGUAUCUUCGGAGGGCCAAGAGAAUGUUUUAUCUUCUUCAUAUGAUGAAAGCAAGGGUGUUCUGGGGAAAUUAAAGGGCUCUAGAGAUGUGAAGGAGAAGGACGCAUAUAGUUUUUACCAGGCUACUGAUGGUCAGCAUAUCAUUCUUCAUGCUUUGAACAUGAAGUGUCUUCUGCAUCAUUUUGGGAUCCAUGAUUUGCUACCUGACAGAAUCAGUGGAAAGAUUCUGCAGUUAGAGACAGUGACUCAAUCAGAAGCUGCAAGGAGGCGUUUUCGCUUUUUGAGCCAUUUUUCUUUAACUACAACGUUUCAGUUCUGUGAAAUUGAUUUGAGCGACUCGUUGCCUGCUGAUGCCCUGCAACCAUUUAUGGAUGAAAUAAAGAAACGUGAGAAGCAAAGGAAGCAAGUUGCUCGGAAGGAGCGGAAAGAGAAAAUCAAGGCUGAAGCUUCUAUGGAGGGUCCAAUGCCUAUAGUCUCCCGUUUUGAGCACUCAUUUCAGGACGAAUCUCCUAUUUUCUCAAUGGAUGACUUUGAAGCCCUGGGAACUUCAACCCCGACAUCAUCGAGCCCUCCGAUUGUUGGCGAACGAAAACUCUUUUCAAGUGUAACACGGCUUGGUUUUGCUGCUGGACAUGACUCUCCAGCUUUGAAAAUUGAGGAGAACAACUCUCAGGAUGACAACCAAAUGAUAAGGGAUUCUUCUGGUGUAACUGGCCCAAGAAAUAAUGCAGGCACACCUUCAUUCGCCAACAUAAUAUCUAGAGCUGAAUCUGUUGAAAGCUUGGGGGCACGGAAGAUGAAUGAUUUGGGAAAGAAGGGGAAGAAACCAAGUCGUGUUCUCUUGUCAACGGCCGGUGGUCGGCGCUAUUGAUUGUCCUGAUGCGGGUUUUCCUUUUUCCUUGAUGAAAUGAAGUAGUUUGUGAACUAUAAAAUAUUAUCUGUGCAGAUGACAUUAGUCAAACACUCGUUUUUCGUCAACUCCCAAGGCACUUGAUGCCUCUUUUUCUUUUCUUUUUUUCUUUUCUUUUUUUUUUUUCCCGUUUUGGGCAGCCAGUGUAUAAAUUGUACAAAAGUCCUCUGCGUUGGUCAUGUCUGACAGUAGUCUUGCUUAUUUUGCUGUUAUCAAAUCUGGCUGAUAUGAUGGAUAUAAAUAACGGCUAAUAUCCCCA